AUGGCAUCAUCAUACCAAAAAGGCAAGCCUCGUCGUGACAUUUACUCUAAAAACAAAAAGGAUGCCGGAAUUUGCCAACCUGGGCCUGAUGUCAAACCUCUUGACAAGUUCGAUUGGGAGACAACAGAGCCACAAAAGUUUCGACCAUUCAAGCCAAUCUAUCACAUAACGAUGGCACUCAAGUCAACGUCUCCCUCGGAUCUCAUAAUUAUCGAUCGUAAUUAUUUGUCGCGUAUACAAGAGCGACGAGUCACAAUGACCAAACACCAAAACCACACGCUAGGCUGUCUGCCUUCUGGUGUUCAGGCCGUGAAAGAGGCAUAUUCAUAUCUUCUGGAGUACCUCUUAACUAGAUAUCCAAUGCUCUUCGAACGGGACGAAAAAUUCUUCCUUAAUAGAGUUACUGGCGUUUCCCUUCCGCUUCUGCCCCCUGAUGACCCGGUAACUGCGUUACGGAGCCUUGGCGAAACCGUUGAAGAUGAUAUGUUCUUCCUACGCGAGACACCAGAUGGGCAUGAAUGUGUUGGAUUCGUAUGCUGUUGCCCAAGUGGCUUCGAUCCGGCCAGCAAGAUAGGAAAGUUACUGAAGGAUAUACAUGAACCAGUUCCGUCGUACGAAAAGAUCGGUCUGAGUAUGGAAAGAUAUUUUAGCCGUCUGGAAGUUGGUAAAAGCGCUUGCCGGGUCAAUUGGUCAAUAACAACUAAUUCAGAGUUAUUCAAUGUUUCUGGUAAUCACGUCAAUGAGGGAGACCAAGUUGAAGAAGAUAUUGAAGUGGAUAUCGAAGAGACUCGGGUAAGAAUGGAGUUACAAACGUUGACGCGGAUGCCCAAGACGCGAGCGAUACUUUUCUCCUUUAAGACGUAUUUGUACCCUAUCAAGGAGAUCAAGGAAGAAGGGCUUGGACCAGAUCUUGCUGAUGCUAUCGAUGGGCUGAAAAAUGGUAAUGCUCCUGGCAUGUGGACAUAUAAAGGAGGGGUACGUUGGGGGAGAAGCGUCUCUGAAUAUUUGAGAUCAUAA